ACAUGCGGGUUGAUUCACUUUUCUCAUAUCAUUCCAUCCCUUUUACGUUCUUGCUUCUCCUUUAUCCAAAGAUGGUGCUAAAAGGGAAACUUAUUUCUGAACUUGGGAUCAAAGCAGCCACUGACAAGUGCUUCAAAUACUUGGCAACACAACUUCAUGAAUUGCAAAACCAUUGUGAAAGAGUUCAUCAUACCAAGCUGCACGAAGGUGAAGACUGGCAUGACACUGAUAGAGUUAAGCACUGGACUUAUGUCAUAGAUGGCAAGGUACACACAAGUUAUGACACUCUUGAAGAAAUUGAUGAGAAGAACAAAAAACUGCGUUAUAAUCUGUUCGGUGGAGAUAUUGGUGAGCAUUAUAAGGUGUUUAAACUCACCAUUGAACUAAUUGAUAAGAGUGAUGGUAGUGGUGCUAUUAAAUGGAUAAUUGAUUUUGAGAAGAUCAAUGAGAAUAUUGACCCUCCUAAUGGUUGGAUGGACUACGUUACCAAUGUUACUAAAGAUCUUGAUGCUCAUCUUGUCAAGCCAUAGAGCUCCAUACGCUAUAAAUAAAUAAAUAAAAAGUGACAAAUAAGUA